CUGUCGUAUUUUGCUUUUGGCGAGGGUGAAACUUUAUUAUUUUUUCUUAAAACGAAACAAUCCCUCAGCCCCGCUCCCCUAGUCUGACCUACACGUGAAUCCACACGCACAGCAUUGCGAUUAACCCUCAACUCCCGGCCUAACCAGCGGCGCCCGUAUUCCAGGGACGCUUUUGGGUUGAAGUUGUGCGAUUAAAAUACAAAUCAAAACGAUGCUGAGGGCGAAAUCUUGGAGCAUAUCUCACUGGUGAGCUGGAUUCUCAGAAAGGGUCCUAUGACCCGAAACGUUAGCUCUGAUUCAUCUCCACAGAUGCUGGACCCUGCUGAGUUUCUCCAGCAAUUCUGUUCUUGCCCCUGAUGACCGAGCGGCCGGUUCAAUCCAUCUCCUCAGCUUUUAACGUUAAUUCGUCGCUCGUUUCCCUGCCUUCGGCUGUUAUUCGCGCAUUUUGGGUUUCAUCUUCCAGCCUUCCAAAACAUUGUUCUUGAUUCGGGGGAAGGUGAGGAGUCAUAUCAUGAACUAAACCUUAGACCCAAGUGUGAGACGAUCUCACUUUAAUUGGUAACACAGAUACACCUGAAUGGGGAACCAAUGUUUAUCAGGGUAAUUGCCUUGAAACCAUUCCAGAUACUGUUGGGUGUCAGUCACUUCCCCCAGCCUCGCUACAAGAGUGUAAUUGAUAAAUAUAUUCGUGUUGAAAUGAACCCUAGUAAUUUGCUCAAUUUCAACACAGCAAGCUUUAAGAGUUAAAAAAUAUCAUAUCGAUAGUAAGAGAGCCCCCACUUCAGGUGGCUAGAAAUAUUGCGAGGGACCAGCCAUAUAUAUAUGUAUAUGUUAUAUAUAUCCAUCAGUACCAGGCACGGGAGGAAAUGGGAAACUGCGAAACGUUUUUCCCAUUUUAAAUGUCCUUGUUAAGUAUAUAGGAAAUUCACCUGCGGCUGACCGUCAGAUUACAUCGUGGUUUCUAACAUCUGGGAGAAACCUGGGGUUUGUCGCCCGUCUCUCACCGACGAGCUCACUUCAGCUGGCUUGAGCAUUUCGAGACAUUGAGGGACGCAAUUACCCGCUUACUGGACAAGGUGGAUUCCUACCAAGAGACAUUUCUCCCGUUCCGCUGACAGAAUAAAAAUAACGCAUGAUUUAAAAAAAACACCUACAGUCAACAUUAUUUUUAUAUAUGUGAAAGAAAGCACAGUCUGUAAACCCCGAAAUGGUCGGCUGUAGAUGGAUCGUUUUCACUGUCUGCCUGGCGGCGAGAUGAUGUAAAGCCCACCGUAUGGAAAUAGUUGUCAUGUAGACACGUUGAAGCGAGAGCGAUGGACAGGGGCGAGGCGCGGACCCUUGUAUUUCACAGUAGCCACCCAGCAGUGAGGGAACAGCACUAUCCUCUCGGAGCUGCUCUGACAGGGACUUACUGAAGGGCUCCUGCGUUCUGGCGGUUCUCACUCCCACCGUGCCCAAGGUUCACGGGGUAUGCGCAAGAGCAGGAAUAUGGGCGCCAAUCAUUCCCACAAAACACCGGUAUUUGAUGAGAACGAAGAUGUUAACUUUGACCACUUUCAGAUCCUUCGAGCAAUUGGAAAAGGAAGCUUUGGAAAGGUAUGCAUUGUCCAGAAGAGAGAUACAAAGAAAAUGUAUGCUAUGAAAUAUAUGAACAAGCAAAAAUGCAUUGAGCGAGAUGAAGUGCGCAAUGUUUUCAGAGAACUGCAAAUCAUGCAGCGACUCGAGCACCCUUUCCUUGUGAAUCUAUGGUAUUCAUUCCAAGAUGAGGAAGAUAUGUUUAUGGUGGUCGAUCUUUUGCUCGGUGGAGAUUUACGCUAUCAUUUACAGCAAAAUGUGCAUUUCAAUGAAGAAGCAGUGAAACUCUAUGUCUGUGAAUUGGCAUUAGCGUUGGACUACCUGCAACGCUACAAUAUCAUCCACAGGGACAUCAAGCCUGACAAUAUCCUUCUUGAUGAACAUGGGCAUGUUCACAUCACUGAUUUCAACAUAGCAACAGUGGUGAAGGACUCUGAAAAAGCCACAUCAAUGGCUGGGACCAAGCCAUACAUGGCUCCGGAGCUUUUUCAGACAUUUUUGGAAGGAGGCCCUGGAUAUUCAUAUCCAGUAGACUGGUGGUCACUAGGCAUUACGUCUUAUGAACUGUUGCGAGGCUGGAGACCAUAUGACAUUCAUUCCAAUACGCCAGUGGAAGAAAUACUCCACAUGAUUAAUACUGAGAAAGUGCACUGCUCCUCGACAUGGUCCAAAGGCUUGGUGACAUUAGUAAAAAAGCUGCUUGUGAAGGAGCCUGAAUGUAGGCCAUCAAAUCUCAAGGACAUUCAAAAUUCUCCAUACCUAGCAGAUGUGAACUGGGAUGCAGUUCUGGAGAAGAAUCUCCCUCCUGCUUUUGUUCCAAAUCAGAAAGGGAGAUUGAAUUGUGAUCCAACCUUUGAACUAGAAGAAAUGAUACUGGAAUCCAAACCACUUCACAAGAAAAAGAAAAGACUGGCUAAGAAUAAAUCUAAAGAUUCUGGGAAAGAAAGUUCCCCACUGAAUGGACAUCUUCAACAAUGCCUGGAAACAGUCCACAAUGAUUUUACCAUAUUCAACAGAGAAAAAUUCAGAAAAUCUCGGGCAGAGGAUGGGCAAACAUCCAAGAUAGAAAAUGAAACUUGCAGUCAGAUGCAUGAAAAGACGCAGGAUGGUCAGAACAACAACGUGCUUGAGCCUUUCUACACUUCAGUUCCUAGCUAGUCUACCAGAACUAAUCUGACCUUCUGAGGACUUUAAUACUCUGCAUUACAAUGACAUUAUUUUUGUGCAUGCCUUGUAGUUUUACCACCUCUCCCCACUGGAAAAGAGCUUGGGUGACUAGCUUCCCAGCAGAAAGAAUAAAAGAACUUUUCUUUUCAUAGGCUAAUAUGACGGAGUGGAAAGGGAUAUGUUGGCUGGCAGAAGGACAAUCAUCUUACAGAGAGAAGAGACAAAAUAUAUCUUGAAGCUAUCCUGGUGUCUAACUACUUUGCAGUUAAAUUUCACACCGAUUCCUUUAAACCUAUUAAGAAUGUUACGGUAUCCACCCUAAGCCUUUGAGAAUAAUUAACAUUUAUGCCUUGUAUUUUAAGAACGUGUGCAUUUUUAAAACAUGAUAAUUUCACUGACAAGAUUCAUACCCACUAGAAAAUUAUUUUCUAGUACUUAUUCCCCUUGACAUGCAGAACUAAGUACUUUUGGCUUGAUGGAAAUGUUUCAUGGUUAUUUGGACUUUACAGAAGUUUUAUGAACUGAGAUUGGAAUUUUAUUUCUGCGUGAUUAAUUCUACAUAGUUAGUGGUGCAGUUAAUGUUGGCAAAGUAAGAGAUUACGUGAUUAAAUUGAAAAAUGUACAUUUUUGUUAGCAAUAAAUACUAGGCAAAGUUUAUAUUCUGCCUUGCCUUAUUGUAAAUUUAAUUUUCAUCAAUAAUAGCCAGCUACUUAUUCUUUAUUAUCUUAAAUGAUUUAUAUCUCUCCAGUGAUUUUUUUAAAUUUGAGUUUGUACAUGUUGGAAGAAAUGUAAAUAUAGAGUUAACAUUACGUUUAAAGACUACAAUUUACAACUGAUAUUAGCUAUUAUUUGCCAAUAGCCUAAGAAUCUCAUGGUGAGGAAAGAUAUUAUCAAAAGAGGACUAGUUUUUAAAUAUUAAAGUAUUGAAUUUGUGACAGGAAAAUUUAUUACGCUAUUUUUGCUCCUUGCUUUAUUACAUUUGUGAUAAAAGCAAAUUGACAGCAUUUAAGUAAAAGAGCUCAGUUGGGUUCAUUAGAGCUCAUGAGGCAAGAUUUAAUGGAUCCAAUGGCUGUCUCACCCAGCUAUUGGAGAAUUAGUGUGGGACCUUGCCAGUACCAUUAACAGCAGUGACAGCCAUGAGAGGCCCAGGAUUAAUGCAGGAUCGCAGGCCAAAGGUGAGCAAGAGAAGGAUGGUGGUCACAGGAGUGGGGGGAGGUCAGAUUCAAUGGAAGGGAGGUGGUUAUCAGUGGCAUCCUCCUGAUACUGGGUGGCUAGAUCAGACACCGAGUACCUGACAAUGAAAGCACCCUUUCUGGAAGGCUCGUGGCAAAACCAACAGGAUUUGGUCGGCGAGCAUUGGGAUCAACAGGAAAGCCGUGUAACUCUGAGUUAAUUCUUGAGCCACCACUAAUUUGUGGUAACUUAAGGGUUAACUGCAUAUUGACUUGUUAAUGAGCCUAAUUGACACCCAACAACUGAUGGGCAGAUUCCCCUUUUCAAUUACCUCCUAACCAACUUCACUGGCACAGUUUUCCUGAUACUAGGUAUCCAAACUGGUGCUCCUGCCUAAUUCCCCUCCCCUUCACCCAUCACCAUGCCUGCUCCAAUGGGAUCCACUAAAUUCCACUCCUGAUUUUUGUUGUAGCCUGUAAAUAGGAGAUGUACAUACAAAUUGCCACUUAAGUUCUAGACAAUGACAAAAAUCAAUGCAUUGCAGAUCAAGUCAUUAUGAACACUGGGGUUUGAACAGUAGCUUUCUCCUGUGACCAGCUGUUAAAUUAUUUCUAAGAUCAGCAAUGAUAAUUUUAGAAACUUUUGAGGGAGUUGCUGAAAAAUUGAUAUGAUUUUUCCAAAUGUGACAAACUAAAAUGGAAGAUUAUUUUGGUGCAAACAUUAACUGGUGAUUGAAUAACAGUUAUUGUUUUUGAUAACUGCUUCAGUUUCUGUUAUGUAGCAUUUUGGUCUGUACUUCAAUACUUGAAUAACUGCUAUUAUUUGACUCUCAUUGAAGAGCAGUGGUGCCUUGAAUUAGAUUUAGCAGAAACCCACAGUCUAGUCAGAAAGUAGCAUUGUCACAUGAUAAAUGAGUAACUUCACAAUUGAGUUCACACAACAAUAUCAUUAAUUAUUGGAGGGUACUAGAUGACAAUUAUAUUAAAAUUAGAAAAUGUUGGAGAAACUCAGUAGGUCUGCAGAGAGCGACAAAGAGGGGACUUGAAAUAUUAACUGUGUUUCUCUCUUCAGAUAUACAGCCGGACCUACUGAGUUUCUCCAGCAUCCACUUCAGAUUUCCAGCACCUGCAAUAUUUUGCUUUUAUUCAAAAAAAGAACUAAAAAUGAGUACAGCUUAAAUAUUUGCCAAAUCUCAAACAGAUUAGCUUCUCUCAAAAUCUAAAUCUACCAUUCUGAAUAAGGCUAAGCACAAAAAUAAAUCAUUUUUUAAAAAUCGAAUGAGCUGUAAUUGGUUUGAUGCCUUAGCCUUUCCUGCCAAUUUGUAUAUCUUUUCCCAAUCCAGAGUAACUGGUUUCCUCUUCUAAGCUUUGAGCAGUUCUCCUGCACCAAGCCUUAACCUGACCCCUGAUUACCUGUCUCCAACUCUGUUCAACCCCAAGGCUUUUGGAUCACCAUCUCUGGAUCCACAUAUCAAUGCUACCAUAUUACUCAACUCCUGCCGCAGUCUCUAAUGCUCUGUCAGUUUCAUUAUAACAAGGCCAAGACCCAGCAUUUGCAAGCCUCAGGCCUCAUUAAUCAGCUGCUUCAGUGUAUCCUCCAUUCACACAAAAUGUUGACAUGACAGAAUUUCUACACCAACAUGUAGAACACAGUGUUGGUGUUCUAUAUUUUUGCACCAUGAAAUAGGGUGACCUCUCUCAAAAACACUACCAGCUGAAGGUGCCUCUGGGGGGAUAAAAAAACAAAAGUGGCCAGAUUUCUGCGAAGAAAUUUAAUGAUGUAUAUUUAAUUCAAAAUAAUGUUUGAACCAAAGAUCAAAUUUAAGUUCUAAUAAUCCACACUGCAGAAAUCCCCCACAGUGUGUCCUUCACUCAAUGAGCAACUUACUCCUAAAGUCAACCUAUAAUUCAAAACCACUUCCAGGAUGGGAACUCAAUACUGUAACAAAUCGGGUUACACUAAAUAUUGAAUUGUUACCUUGCAACAAUAUUUAUCAGGAAGUGAACAGGUAGACAUGACAUUAGAUGAAGAGACCAAAUUAAAAAGGGCAGAAUUUUGGAGACCUUCCCAUUCUCUGGUAUGUGUGGAAGUGGUGGUGGGGGUUGGGGGGAGUUCUUCAAAACUUCCCCCAUGGUGUUCCAGCUGUUCUCCUACCCAUCACCAAGCUGUCUGAAAUUCUUCAUUGGGCAGGUGAGGCAUCCAGCCAUCUCUGUUCCAAUUGAGGACAUCUAUCAGUCAGAGACAGUAGGAAAUGCCAAUGCUGAUGAAUCUGAGAUAACAAGGUGUAGAGCUGGAUGAACACAGCAGGGCAAGCAGCAUCAGAGGAGCAGGAAAGCUGAUGUUUCAGGUCAAGACCAUUCUUCAGAAAUAGGAGAGGGGAAGGGGAUUCUGAAAUAGAUAGGGAGAGAGGGCGAGGCAGAUGAAAGAUGGGUAAAAGAAAAGAUAGGUGGAGAGGAGACAGACAGGGGAUGGAACCAGUAAAGGUGAGUGCAGGUGGGGAGUUAGGGAGGGGAUAGGUCGGUCCAGGGAGGAUGGACAGCUCAAGGAGGCAGGAUGAAGUUAGUGGGUAAGAGAUGGGGGUGGGGCUUGAGGUGGGAGGAAUGGUUAUUGAGGCGGGGAUGCGGUGGGCUGGUUUUGGGAUGAGGUUGGGGAGGAGAGAUUUUGAAGCUUGUGAAGUCGAUAUUGAUACCCUUGGUCUGCAGGGUUCCCAAACAAAAUACGAGAUGCUGUUUCUGCAGCCUUUGGGUGGCAUCAUUGUGGCAAUGCAGGAGACCCAGGACGGACAUGUCAUCCGAGGAGUGGGAGGGGGAGUUAAUAAGGUUCACAACUGGGAGGUGUAGUUGUUUGUUGCGAACCGAGCAUAGGUGUUCCACAAAGCAGUCCCCAAGCCUCCACUUGGUUUCCCUGAUGUAGAGGAGGCCACAACGGGAACACGGGAUACAGUAUACCACAUUAGCAGAUGUGCAGGUGAACAUCUGUUUAAUGUUGAAGGUCAUUUUGGGGCCUGGGAUGGGGCUGAGGGAGGAGGUGUGGGGGCAGAUGUUGCACAGGGAAAAGUGCCAGGUGUGGUGGUGCUGGAGGGGAGCUUGGAGCAGACAAGGGAGUCAUGCAGAGAGUGGUCCCUCUGGAAAGCAGAUAAGGGUGGGGAGGGAAAAAUGUCUUUGGUAGUGGGUUCGGAUUGCAGAUGGCGGAAAUGUCGGAGGAUGAUGCAUUGGAUUCGGAGGUUGGUGGGGCGGUACAUGAAUACGAGAGGGAUUCUGUUUUGGUUGUUAUUGCGGGGAGGGGGUGUGAGGGAUGAGUUGCGGGAAUCGUGAGAGACAUGGUCAAGGGCAUUUUCGACCACUGUGGAGGGGAAGUUGCGGUCCUUGAAAAACGAGGACAUCUGGGAUGUCCAGGAGUGGAAUGCCUCAUCCUGGGAGCAGAUGCGGUGGAGGUGAAGGAAUUGGGAAUAGGAGAUGGCCUUUUUGCAGGAAGAUGGGUGAGAGGCAGCUGUGGGAGUCGGUGGGCUUGAAAUGGAUAUCGGUUUCCAGGUGGAUGCCAGAGAUGGAGACAGAGAAGUCCAGGGAGGAGAGAGAUGUAUCAGAGAUGGUCCAGGUGAACUUAAGGUUGGGGUGGAAGGUGUUAGUGAAGUGGAUGAGCUGUUUGAGCUCCUCGUGGGAACACGAGCCAGUACCGAUGCUGUCAUCAAUGUAACAGAGGAAGAGGUGUGGGACAGGGCCAGUAUAGCUUUUGAAGAGGAAUGUUCCACAUAACCUACAAAGAGGCAGGCAUGGCUUGGACUCAUGCGGGUACCCAUGGCCACCCCCUUUGUCUGUAGGAAGUGGGAGAAAUUGAAAGAGAAGUUAAGGGUGAGGAUGCAUGCCGAUAAGCGGAUGAGGGUGUCAGUGGAGAGGGACUGGUCAGGCCUGCAGGACAGGAAGAAGCGGAGGGCCUUUAGGCCAUCUGCAUGGGGAAUGCAGUUGUGUAGGGACUGGACAUCCACGGUAAAGAUGAGGUAUAGGGGACCAGGGAAUCAGAAGUUUUCGAGGAGGUGGAGGGCGUGGGUGGUGUCAUGGAUUUAGGUGGGGAGUUUCUGAACCAAGGGGGAGAAAAUAGAGUCGAGAUAAGUGGAGAUGAGUUCGGUGGGGCAGGAACAGGCAGAGAUAAUGGGCCGACCAGGUCAGGCAGGUUUGUGGAUUUUGGGAAGGAGACAGAAAUGGGCGGUGUGGGGUUGGGGAACAAUGAGGUUAGAGGCUGUGACUGGGAGGUUACCUGAAAUGAUGAGGGUGUGGAUAGUCUGGGAGAUGAUGGUUCGGUGGUCAGGGGUAGGAUUCAGGGUUGCUCCCCAUCCAGAGGGAAGGGUAAGGUACAAGCCUGGCAGGUUUGGGCCUAAGGGGUAGGAGGUAUUGUAUCUCCCUUGCAGGGGGUUCCCUCCCUCUUUGACCACUCCAUCAAGAAACCCCACUCCUUCACCCACUCACCUCUCCACGAUGCUGCAAGAUACCCUGCACAUACCCAUGUAGCCCUGAUCCCGGCCACUGUCACCAUUGGAUUGCUUGGACAACAUAGCUGCCAGGCAAUAAAAUUGGUCGUCAGCUCUCUGAGGUGGGGCUUCUGCCUGAGUGAAGGGUCUAAGUAUCAUGUCUAACCAUUCAACACUUCUCAAAAUAUUCAGUGACUGGGAUAGGUUGUGUGAAUAGGCUGGAAACCUCGCCAUCUGAAAGAUACAAGCCAGAAUGCCAUUUCAGAUAGCAAGAUGGAAAUAAUUGAUAAACUAUUCAAGCACGGUGGCUCAGUCGUUGGCACUGCUGCCUCACUGCACCAGGGACCUGGGUUCAAUUCCACCCUCAGGGAACUGUCUGUGUGGAGUUUGCACAUUCUCCCCAUGUCUGCGUGGGUUUCCUUCAGGUGCUGCAGUUUCCUCCCACAGUCCAAAAGAUGUGCAGGUUAGGUGGAUUGUCAUGUUAAAUUGCCCAUAGUGUUCAGGGAUGUGUGGAUUAGGUGGGUUAGAGGGGGAUGGGUCUAGUUGGGAUUCUCUGUGGGACAGUGUGGAUUUAUUGGGCCGAAGGGCCUAUUUCCACACUGGAGGCAUUCCGUGAUUCGCUGAAGGGAGGAAAAGCUUCUUCUUCCACUUGCAUUGCAUCCGUAUGAAAAGAUGUUACAGCAGGAGAUAGCAGCAGUACAAUUACAUAAUUUAUUCUGAAAAUAUGGCCCAGGGUAAUGUGGUAAAUGCUACCCAUUUAGAUUUUCAAAAGGCCAUCUGUAAAGUUUCACUUUGAAAAUUCAUGACUAUAGUUUGCAUCAAGUAAUAAGCAACAGAAUGGACAGCAAGUUGGCUAUAAAAUAGAAACUGGAAAGUCGGGGUUAGCUUUGACAAAGGUGGGAAGUGGUGUUACUCGAAGAUUAAUACCCAGAUUCCUUUAUUCAGAAUUAAUUAUAAACAAGUUUGGUCUUGGGAAUCAGAAGUGUUGUGCUAAACUAUAUAGGGCCCAUUCCCAGGCAAGCCUGCCUAGGAAAAGAAUAUUUGCUGAGAGGUGCAGUUUCUUCAUCUCAAGGAAGGGACGUCCCACCAAAGAGAGUUUCUUAUCAAUCAGAUGUUGUCAGCUGUCAAGUGUUAAUGGUGCCAUUGUGAACAAUGGUCACUGCCUGGACAGCACUUGGGGCUUGCAGAGGAUUCAGUGAUGGAUUGUAAAUUUGUAUAUGUUUCUGGGUUGGGAAGGGGAUCUGGUGAAGGGGUAGGUGCCUAGGGUUUAACUGGCCAUGUGAGGAUGCAAGGGAGUUGAAAUUUUGGAUGAGAGGGGUCUCUAAAUGGGCCCAGAUAAGCAGUUCAGAAAGGGAUCAUCCUCCCACCACCAGUAAAUUUAGUUGGCUGGUCAAUCAGUAUGGGCCUGUCUUGCUGCUGGCUUGCUUAUCGUGUUGGAACAAAUCUCCUUAUGUGGCUAAUAUUUGCCCACUUAAGGACCUCAAGUUUGAGAGUGAGUUUGAAUUUGAUUUAUUAUUAUCAGAUGUACUGAGAUACAGUGAAAAGUGUUGUUUUGUAUACUAUUGAAGCAGAUCAUACCAUGCAAAGUGAAUCAGGGCAGCAGAACAGAGUGCAGAAUACAGUGUUACAGCUGCAAAGAAGAUGCAGAGAGAGAAAUCAGAACUAACAUUUAAGCAAUCUGUUCAAAAGUCUGAUCUCAACAGGGAAGAAGCUUUUCUUGAAUCUGUUCAUACAUGUAUUCAAACUUGUAUCUUUUGCCCAAUGGAAGAGGGUAGAAGAGAGUAUAACCAGGGUGUUAGUUACCUUUACCAAGGCAACAGGAAGUGUGGAUGGUGUCAAAAUUGAGCUGGGGACAAGGAUGCACCAUUAGACUGUGGAUAGGUUGCCCACUGGAUUUAACAUGCUACCCCGCACAGCUUUGAAACUCAGGCAGUGCUAAAUCCAGCCUUUAAUUUCCAGAUUUAUAACCAAAACCAAAUUAUGAAAAAUGGCUAAUACUGAGGAAAAAUGGACAAUUUUACAGGAGGACGUGAUCAAAUGGCAGACUGGAUGUGUAAUUCAUUGAUGUUGAUGCAGAUUGGAUGCAGGGAAUUCCUUGCAGAUCUUGGUAAGAUUAUCAAGUAUUUUACAUCCAAAUAAAGUUGGAUUUCUCCCCCAGGAAUUAUUACAGCUCUGAGCUAUCAAUCUUUUAAAGCCCAAUUACAAAGAAAAAUUCAAUAUAGAAAAAAAUAAGGUGGUGCAUUUUCAGAAGAAAAAUAAGAAAACUAUAGGAGUCUUAAUGGGAUGCACCUACACAAGUCAUUAGAAGUACCAACAGUACUGAAUGAAUUCAUAAAACAACAAUUCAAACACUGGGGCUAAUUUCUGAAGCGAAACACAGAAAAGUUAUGUUGAACACAAAUCAAAUCUUGAUUUGACCACAGUUGUAUGCAUUUAUAGUUUCUGCGCUAUAAAGGAAAUAUUAAGGGUCUUUUGGUGCAUUGCUAGUAUCUAUGCCUCUGGGCUAGAAGACCUGGGUUCAGGUUCCACCUGCUCCAGAAGUGUGUUAUAACACAACUGAACAGGCUGAAUAAAAUAUCUAUAAAAGGGAUUUGGAGGAAACAAAACACAGAAGCAUUUUACCAAAACCAAAAGGAUAUAUUCAUCAGGAAUGUUAAUAAGCUGAAGCUCUUUUCUCCAGAAAUCAAAAAUCUAGGGGGUGAUCUGUGGAACUUUGUAUCAAAAGGAAUGGUUGAGGCUAAUUGGAUUUCAGAGGACGGUGACAGCAAAUGAUUGGAAUGGAAGGGUAUGCUGAUGGGAAUAGCUGAAGAUGUGUGGGAGGAAGUUCAUGUGGAGCAUUAAUGCCAGCAGAGGCUGGUUGGGACCAAAUGGCCUGUUUUGUGCUUUAGGCUCUAUGUUAUACACUGUAAAAAUGCCUUUGGAAAUCCUGUUACCUUGUCAAUGUGUGUGCAUCAUUAAAUGUAGUAGCUGUUGUGUUCGAGUCUAUACAAUAAAGUGGAAUGUUGCACGUAGUCUGAUGGCAUUUACUUCAGAACUACAAUAUCAGGAAUAAAACUUAUGAUUCAA